GGAUCUCUCCAUAGCAUUCGCAUGGCUGUUGGGGUCAUAGGAAAUGCUGCUUCUUUGAUACUUUAUGCUGUUCCUAUAUUGACUUUUUGGAGGGUGAUAAAGAAGAAGAGCACAGAGGAGUUUUCAUGUGUUCCUUACAUUCUUGCCCUAAUGAAUUGUCUUCUUUACACUUGGUAUGGCCUACCAGUUGUAAGCAAUGGCUGGGAAAACUUCCUUGUUGUCACCAUUAAUGGUUUUGGAAUUCUUCUUGAGUUCUCCUUCAUUUUCAUCUACUUCUGGUUUACUUCAGCUCAAGGAAAGGCAAGUUUUCCCAAUUUAUAUAUAUCCCUCCAUUUCUACUCGGGCUUUGAUUUUUUUCAAUUUACGAUCCUUAACGUGCCCCUCAAGAUGGUGGCUCUUCAAUUAUUGGGCUCACCAAUCUUGGUCGAUCCUCUUUUUCAAUUGAAUGCUCUUGUUACAGUUUUCUGCUGUGUGGGAAUGAUCUCAACUUUUGUUCUCCACACUCACCAUCUUCGUAAGCUCUUUGUGGGAAGCAUUGGCCUUGUUGCUUCUGUUGCUAUGUAUGCUUCUCCCUUGGUAGCCAUGAGACAAGUAAUAAAGACAAAGAGUGUUGAGUACAUGCCGUUCUAUCUUUCAUUCUUCUCCUUCUCCGCGAGUUCCCUGUGGUUGGCUUAUGGACUCCUCACCCAUGAUCUCUUCCUUGCGUCUCCAAAUCUAGUGGGAAGCCCAGUAGGGUUGCUACAAAUUGUGCUGUAUUGCAUCUAUAGGAACAAAGAACAACAACAUCAAGUUGUGAAGAAGGAAGAAGAAGAUGUGAAAGAGCCUCUGCCCAAUUGGGACUUGGAAAAUAAGAAGAAUAAUAAUAAUGCUUGAUCACACCCACAUUCCAAAAUAGUUCCCAAAGUUUAGUGCAACAAUUUGAUCUCUCUAAUCUCAAGAAGAGAUCAUCUUCCUAGAAGCUAAAAGUACAUCGGGUCUACAUAUAUACUUGACGGUUCUUUUUCGUGUAUUUUAGAUAUAGUUUUGAUAUUUAGAACUUUUAUUCUCUUCUACGAGUGCCUCUUGUAGAGGUGAAAAGUAUCAGUUGAAUGUCUUCUCGAGAAAUUAAAAGUAUUUCAAACUUCUAA